UGCUACUCGAACCAGCAACCAACUUUUGUUAGGUCUCCACAAGGAAAUGUCUGUCAGAGGGGUGACUUUGUUUUUUUCGAAAUUGUACAACUCUGAAGUUACUUCGUUAAUACUGGACGCUCAUAUUUUAAAUACACUAGCAUUAAUACCAUCGGAUAUAUUUGUGUAAUUGAGUUUAGCAGAAGUCAAUUUGGCCAACGGGAAACGGAUUAUUCUUAGAAUCUUGCCUUCUCGCGGACUUGCUGCUGUAAUUAUUCGCUGCUGUACUGUUAGCUACUAGCUAGCGAUAACGUUUGAUAGUUAGUUAUCUAAAUCGUUUGUUGAAGUAAUUUGGGACAGUUAGUUGUGAUAGUAGUAACUUGAGGGAAUCUUUCACGACAAGAUAACUUCUUUAUUGGACGGAAUACAACGAAAGUACAACGAUAUAGGUAACUUUUUCGUGAAGUUCAAGUUGUUUCGAGCGAAAAUGAACCCUUUUACCAUCAGCUAGCAUGUAGAAAAUUAGCUAGCUAGUUGACAGAGUGAAAUCCGUCGAAAUUGGGUAUGGUGUUGUAAUUUUGUAACGUUAACAAGGAAAUAACUUGCUAACGUUACCUACUUUAGAUUUGUUUAUCCAUAUAACGUUAGCUAGCUAGCUAAUUUAGCAUAGCAAGUUAAUGAUGCGGGAUUCAACAGUGAAUUUCAGUGUUCUCCAUAGAACAUGCAAAUUGGUCGUCCUUCUAUGUUUUUUCCAUAUUUCGGUCACUUUAAUUUUUUACGUGAGGUCGUUAGAUAUUCGUUUUGCGUUUGCACAAAAUCAGCAUGCACACACAGCGAAGCACGACCAAACUACAUCAAAGGACACAGUACCUGAAGCGUUUGAAACAAACCACUUUUCUGUAGACAACAUGACUACAAUCACCAAAGACAUUGGAAAAUGUCCUGACACAUCCCCACUGCUUGGUAAGUAACGUUAGCUGAUAUGGUGCCAAAACGAACAACAUACAUAUUUAAUCAACAAUGCAUAAUCAAUGUGUAUGGCGUAAACUGUAAUUUCACGGGUGCAUUGUAUAGCCAUAUGAUGAUUGGUUGGUAGUCUUGCGAAAGUCUCUUAUCAGCAAACAAUUAUAACAGAUGUUGGCCAUAACUGUCAGGCACAGUCAUUCAUAUGCUCUGAUAAGGAAUGAGUAAAGCGCUUGGAUUACAUGUCCCUUUAUCGUCUAACCUAAUGUCAACAACAAGUUCAAAGUAUAGAUGAGUGCAUAGCCACCAGUCUAUUUCUAAGUUAUUUUAUGACUCCUUACCCUGUAGUGUUUGGUAUUUCACUUGUCUAUUUCUAAGUUAUUUUAUGACUCCUUACCCUGUAGUGUUUGGUAUUUCACUUAGUCAUACAAUAGGCCUAUCUAUAGCCCCACUCAUGUAUUAUUAAUGCAUAGCAUACAGUGGGGGGGGGAAAGUAUUUAGUCAGCCACCAAUUGUGCAAGUUCUCCCACUUAAAAAGAUGAGAGGCCUGUAAUUUUCAUCAUAGGUACACGUCAACUAUGACAGACAAAUUGAGGAAAAAAAAUCCAGAAAAUCACAUUGUAGGAUUUUUUAUGAAUUUAUUUGCAAAUUAUGGUGGAAAAUAAGUAUUUGGUCACCUACAAACAAGCAAGAUUUCUGGCUCUCACAGACCUGUAACUUCUUCUUUAAGAGGCUCCUCUGUCCUCCACUCGUUACCUGUAUUAAUGGCACCUGUUUUAACUUGUUAUCAGUAUAAAAGACACCUGUCCACAACCUCAAACAGUCACACUCCAAACUCCACUAUGGCCAAGACCAAAUAGCUGUCAAAGGACACCAGAAACAAAAUUGUAGACCUGCACCAGGCUGGGAAGACUGAAUCUGCAAUAGGUAAGCAGCUUGGUUUGAAGAAAUCAACUGUGGGAGCAAUUAUUAGGAAAUGGAAGACAUACAAGACCACUGAUAAUCUCCCUCGAUCUGGGGCUCCACGCAAGAUCUCACCCCGUGGGGUCAAAAUGAUCACAAGAACGGUGAGCAAAAAUCCCAGAACCACACGGGGGGACCUAGUGAAUGACCUGCAGAGAGCUGGGACCAAAGUAACAAAGCCUACCAUCAGUAACACACUACGCCGCCAGGGACUCAAAUCCUGCAGUGCCAGACAUUUACAUUUACAUUUUAGUCAUUUAGCAGACGUGUCCCCCUGCUUAAGCCAGUACACGUCCAGGCCCGUCUGAAGUUUGCUAGAGUGCAUUUGGAUGAUCCAGAAGAGGAUUGGGAGAAUGUCAUAUGGUCAGAUGAAACCAAAAAAGAACUUUUUGGUAAAAACUCAACUCGUCGUGUUUGGAGGACAAAGAAUGCUGAGUUGCAUCCAAAGAGCACCAUACCUACUGUGAAGCAUGGGGGUGGAAACAUCAUGCUUUGGGGCUGUUUUUCUGCAAAGGGACCAGGACGACUGAUCCGUGUAAAGGAAAGAAUGAAUGGGGCCAUGUAUCGUGAGAUUUUGAGUGAAAACCUCCUUCCAUCAGCAAGGACAUUGAAGAUGAAACGUGGCUGGGUCUUUCAGCAUGACAAUGAUCCCAAACACACCGCCCGGGCAACGAAGGAGUGGCUUCGUAAGAAGCAUUUCAAGGUCCUGGAGUGGCCUAGCCAGUCUCCAGAUCUCAACCCCAUAGAAAAUCUUUGGAGGGAGUUGAAAGUCCGUGUUGCCCAGCGACAGCCCCAAAACAUCACUGCUCUAGAGGAGAUCUGCAUGGAGGAAUGGGCCAAAAUACCAGCAACAGUGUGUGAAAACCUUGUGAAGACUUACAGAAAACGUUUGACCUGUGUCAUUGCCAACAAAGGGUAUAUAACAAAGUAUUGAGAAACUUUUGUUAUUGACCAAAUACAUAUUUUCCACCAUAAUUUGCAAAUAAAAUCAUAAAAAAUCCUACAAUGUGAUUUUCUGGAAUUUUCUUCUCAGUUUGUCUGUCAUAGUUGACGUGUACCUAUGAUGAAAAUUACAGGCCUCUCUCAUCUUUUUAAGUGGGAGAACUUGCACAAUUGGUGGCUGACUAAAUCCUUUUUUCCCCACUGUAGGUCUACUGCUAGUGCUCUUGAAUUCAUUGUUUGAGUUUGCUUAUUUCCUCACAGGUUUGUUGUUGUUGUUCAGUGGCCUUCUUCCUUAGCUCCGAUUUCAAAAACGAGAUGUUUAUGCAGCUGUGGCCCUAGCGGAUCUAUCCCUCUGCCACAAAACCCUGACUGCUCCAGAGGUGGGAGUCAGUGGAUUACAGUGGUGUGCUCGUUCUGCCCACAGCGGACAUGGAGAUUGAAUUGAAAAGCAAUGCAGUCUUGCAGUUUAGGAACGUCAACCUCUAGGUCACAUUGCAGAAAACAAUACAAUAAGUUCACUACGUCAUAUAUGUAGUAUAACCUUCUGUUCUUUUUUUGUAUGGCUUUUGUAAUUUGACCUACUGUUGCUAAGCACUUACCUACUUGUGUAAGUCACUGGCUUUAAAGAUGCACUAUGCAGAAAUCGCUCUGCCAUUUCCUGGUUGCUAACAUUCUAAUAGUUCACCUAAUUUCACUUUGUGACAAAACAAGCAAGUAUAGUGUAGAGAAUCAUUGUACCAUCUAAACCGCUGUGAAAUAUAUUUUGCAUUACCAAAAAGAUUGUAUUUUCAGCUGUUUGAAUCUGGUGCGCAAAACCGGAAGUAAAAGCCGCAAAAACAAAACUUAAGAACAGGAGGCAUAGAAAUAGCGCACAUAGAACACAUCUACCGCUUCUUAGACUUGCUUUCAAUGAGAGUGACAGAUCUAUAACACAUUUCUUUGUGAAUUUGGUCAAGUUGCCCAUAAAGUUACAUAUUGCAGCUUUAAUAAUAAAACAGUUCAGAAGUCAUUGUCAGGAGAAAAAGCAGUUGCUGAAAACAGGAGAUUGGGUAACUAGGCAAGAUUUCCAUUCUAUAGUAUAGACCUGCCCAGCCUAUAUUAGUCCUACGAUUUUAAACAUUGUCUGUUUGAGCUACAGACUGCUUAACGGUGGCUGAGCUAGAGCAGACUUUGUGAGACACGGUCGGAUCCCAAAAACAACCUUGUCUCACAAACACCGCUCUAGCUCAGCCCCCAUGAAUCACACAGACUGAUGGUCGGUAUCAGCGGAUGCAGAAGAAAUAGACAAAUUCAAUCUAUUAUGACCCUUCUAUGAAAAGCUGAAACUCUCACGAACUUGCACAUGUAACCUAUUUUGCUGUGUGGCACUCAAGCCACACGAGUCGAAGGUAAGAGGUUCUUCUGCAUAGAAGAUCAUAGGAAAUCUCAGGACUUAGUGUCUAUAAAACUAUAAUAUAAUUACAUAGUUGCUGUCACAAACUCCAAACUCCACACAGUUGUCACUGACUAGUUGGAUAUUCAUUUCCCACUGAGCAAACAAUUUAUGUACUUACAGUAUUCUUAUAAAUUCAUAUUUUAUCAGGGUUUUGUUGGUGGACCUUAUUUGUCUUUUGACAUUUGUCAAUAAAACUCAUGCAAAUUGUUUUGUGUUCUACUUGUAGCCCUGGUUUUCCUGAAAAUAAAAUGGUAAAACACUUCAAUGUGAGGCUAAGCAAGCAGAUUUAAUGAAAGUUGUGUUCACUUGCUAUUUCCAUUGGCUCUACCAAAUCAUCACUUAUCAGGGCUGUUUAGAUAUGGAGCCCUGACAAAAAUGUAUGACCUCUCUUCUCUCGUUCUCGUCCAGUUGGCCCACUGCGAAUUGAGUUCUCCAACCCAGUCAGCCUGGACGUGGUAAGGAAGGAAAACCCCAAUCUUAAGAAUGGGGGGCGCUUCAAGCCCAAAGACUGCGUGGCCCUCCAGAAGGUGGCCAUCAUCAUCCCUUUCCGCAACCGCGACGAGCACCUCAAGUUUUGGCUCUACUACCUCCACCCAAUCCUUCAGCGCCAGCAGCUGGACUAUGGCGUCUACGUCAUCAACCAGGUGGGUCCCUCCCGGCCAGCCCCUGUCUGCUCCAUGUCUGCAUACAGCAGGGUGGAGUAGUGGGAAAUGCAGGUUGAAAGGUUUUAACCAGUGUGCAAGUUUCAGUGCAGGGAGUGCCGUUUUAAUUAGGCUGUCUGAAUGCAAGAAACAAACAAAGGUGGUCUGUAUAUUUCAAAUAUAAGCUAGCUAGAGUUUACUGGUACCGUAAACCACAAGUACAGGUACUUUCGCCAUAUUUUAUUUGGGUUUUACGCUUUUAAGCAGAAUGGGUUAGGCUGUGUAAAAACAAAAUGGCAUCAAGCCAUUACAGGCUGUAAUGGCAGCUGCCAAGUGACUUGGCUAGUUGAGACAUGUGCUGGUAGAUUUGUUUGCUUAUUGAGUUGGCAAACUCUUCUGGGAAAGCAAACUUCAGUCAGAUUCAACUUUGUGUAGCUUGUCAGAGAUAAGCUUUUUAGGCCCUUUUUUCUCCCAGUCUGUCAGAAAGGUUUGAAAUGUCUCUCAUUUUCGAUAAAGUAAUUUCUUGAUUUAUAGUCAAGAGAAAGAGUAGGCUAGCAUCCAAAUAACUGACGCCUCCCUUUUUAAGAACUCCUACAAUUUGCAGUAGUCCGUUGUGUUCCCGUAUAUGGGAAGAAAUCAGAUCUUGCGACAUAGUGCCAGCAUUUGUCUCUGCGUCUGUUCUUUGUCCAUCAGCAAUUUCCUUUAUUUAUUCAUGGUGUUUGCACAACCAAGAGACUAUCGGGCUCUCUAUCGUCAAACUAGCACUGAACACAUGGACGUGACACAGAAAUAGCCCCGUCUGAAAGCCACACUAUGUCCAUCUCUGUCACUUUUUAAAGACCUGAGAGAAUAGCCCCGUCUGGAAGGCUAUUUUUUAUCCUCACACAUUCCUGUCUCUUUUCAUCAAGAUCCUUUAUUGGAAUAAAGGAACACUCUUUCUUUGACGUACACAAAGGUAUAGAGUUGGUUACAGAUAACUAAAGGAAGAAUUCAACAAGGGUUGUACUUAAACUUUAAUGCAAAACAGUUGGGGAACCUGGCCUGGACACAACAUUUAUGGUCUUUUCCAGAUCUAAAAAUAGUCAGUAGGCCUAAUUUUGACCUUUUUAUUGUAAUCAUAUAGGCCUAGUUUAUAGUUUAGUAGGGCUGAGAAUUGCCAGGGACCUCAAGAUACGGUAUUAUCAUGAUACUUAGGCGCUGAUACGAUAUGUAUUGCGAUUCUCACGAUUCUAUACGUAUUGCGAUUUGGUACUGUGAUUUCUAUUGUGAUUCGAUGUUCCAAACAAAUUGCUCACCAAAUGUCUGCUGCAGAGGGACAAGCGCGAGCCAUGAUAACUUGUUUUGAUCAGUCAUGGUAAUGAAAGCACUGAAAACAAAUUGGCUCCCUAUUUGAGAACAAGCUAUUAGGGAAAAAUAGUGGCGUUUUGGUGCAAGUACAGCCGACUAGCACAAAAAUAAUAUUCUGAUAUGUAACUAUCGAUACAAAAUAUAAACUUUUAUCAUUGUUUAGUGCAUGUAGUUAAGUGCUCAGGUGAUAUCAAGUCUGUUCUUUUUUGUUUUUUUAUUCAUCACAACUUAUGCAUUUUGACCAAAGCACAGUUCUACACUGGUUUGACAGGCUCUUGGUGCAACAUAGUGAAUAUCAUGUUGCUUCUAAUCAGUUUUGAUCAAAGACUGACAAGUUGACCAUAGACUAGUGGUCAUGAUAAGCACUUAGUGCCACAACAAGUUGACUACUCAGUUUUGACUACUAUCCUAGCUGCAAACUGGCCUGGUUUGUUGGUUGUUAUCACUGGCAAUCAUUAGCCUGAGUGGUGCGACCUAUAGGGACCUAUAAAAUCAAUGUCAUUUUUUGCGUGAUUCAUUUUUUUUAUUUAUUCUGUUUUCUCCUUUUUUAGAUUUUCAAGGUAAAAUGUAUAUAAAUACAAAAAUAUCUGUUUUGUUUUUAUAGAAAACUAAAUUGGAUGUUCUAAGUCCACAACAAUGCUUAAACCACAGCAGGAGACUACUUUUGAGGUCUGGGAAAAAUCUAAAAAAUGUAGUUACCCAAAAAGUAAUAUUUUCUCCCCGCUCUGCUGACAAGUAUAUUUCUCCUCUCAUAAAGGAGUAAUAAAGGCCUAGUGUACUAAUUUGAGUUUAUCAGGGGGUUCAGCACCUCUACUUCCUAUGCCUCAUUAGUAACAUGAGACCACAGAUGGGCAGAAACUUGUUUUGCGCGUGCUCUCAUUUAAAGUGUUCCAAGUAAUUAGACUGUAUUCUCACAGGUAUGGGGAUUUCCUGACUCUGUGAAUACUAGAGUUGGCCUCAAGGGUAUUUUGAAAUCAAUCUGGCAAAAGGACAAACUCUAAUAUGAAUGCCACUACACAUCCCAGAAUUGACAAUAUGAAAAUGUAUUAGUUAUUGGGAAAUCUAAUCCCAUUACAUGCAAAUGCUGACCUGAACGUAGGAUAACGAUAUCCAUCCUUCUCAAUAUCCUUCAAGUCAUCAACACUGUCUAGGAUAAAGCAAAGUAACAUUUGAAAAUUUAUUGACAAGCCAAAGUUAAUACUGGCAGACAGGACCAUAUUGUAGAUUAAACCUAUUCCUGUUUGUUAAAAAAAAAAAACGUAUCAGUUAGGUAUAGUUUAAUGAUCCAUUUAAUGACAUGAUUCUUUGCAGAUGGAGGUACUAUUGGCUCUUGGGAGGCCAGUACUGUUUUUCAGCUUGAAGGCGUAAUUGACUCUUCGUUCACGUCUCAUGCCAGGACAUGAGUCUGUUGCCUCCCACCCUCUAACAGGUCAAAUGUGGGUCAACCAGCAUGUUGUAGUGUAGAGUGAACGCCACACCUAGAACGUCAUACGCAGCAAAUACAUGGUUCUAUUUGAUCAUAUAAUACUUUUUUAUCGUAUACUCUACUCCAGUCUCCAACACAAGUAGAAAAUUAGUUCAAGACGUCAGCCUUGACAUGGUGGUGUCCACUGCAAAUAAAAGUAGCUUUAAUGGCUGCUGUUAUACUGAUGGGCCAAUCUGACUUUUUCCAUAGUCGAGUGGCCUAUCUAUUGCUAAAGGGCUCUUCAAUGCAGUCAAACACAAUUAUUGGGUCUUUUUUGGAAUUCUACUCAAUCUUUCUGUUUCUCUCUUCUGUUUCUCCUUUCCUAUCCUUUCCUCUCAUUUUAUUUCUUCCUCCUUUCUCUGCCCCCUUGCUCAAACCGCCACCCUUUUGCAUGUCAGACGUAUCUGGCCAAUGGCUGUGGUCGCUGGAAGAGGAGAAAAUGGUCCCCUGCUUGCUCUGGCCAAUUGCGUGACUCCAUGGGCUGAGGGGUUCUACUGGUAAUAUGGGCUUCUUUUCUCUCUAUCUGUCUCUCGCUCCCUCAUUGACUGAGAGAAAUCUAUUUUGGUCACAUGCACUUUUUUCAAAAUCUUCUUCACUUGCUUCUUUCUGUCUUUGCAAAUGAUCCACACACCCUUUCUGCAGAUGAUGCUGUCAUGCACUGGAGGAGAGAGGGAUGCAUCACUUGGUGGAGAUAAAAACCACACUCCCAUAAACAAACACACUCAUAGACCUCCUUAGCGUAUGUUUAUAUCAGACCAUAGCGGAUGUCAAGAAGUUUAUUUUAAUCAGGUGUCAUAUGUCUGUCUCUCUUAUCACCACAAUGUGUAACAUAACAUGUGACCGACAACAAAGUGCUUCAGCAGAGAACACUACUUACUGAACAUUGAUUCAAUUGUCGGCACUCCUGUCCAGGUUUUCCUGCUCUGUUUAAGUGAAUUGUUUAAAAACACUAGCCACACUUUCAUUUGAGGACAUCAGUCCUUGUUUCGAUUGCAUGUUAUUAGGGGGUUUCAUCUGCCCCGAUUUGAAUAUUUUAGCCAAAUUUGGUUCUAUGGGUAUUCAAGCGAACCUUUUCAGGAGGACCAUCAGAUAAAGCCAGUGAUAUAUGAGACGUGUCCACUGAAAGGCACAAUGUGCUCUUUUAGUAUUUACAUUUCUCCGGUAGGUUUCCUUAAGGAGAAAGCCUCCACUUCAACGUUAAAGAUAAUAAAACAAAAACACUAUAGAAAUACUUCCGUAUUCACUGUAGUGUUUUUACGGACAGUAAAGUAUUAAUACCAUAGUAUACUAUAGGAUUUUUUCAUGUGGGCAACAAGUAGUAAAUGACAUAACAGACUGAAAAGAGCCCCGAAUCUAUUGACUGAGCAGAGGAUAAAGGCUGUACAGAGUACAAUAUGAUAUGCUGCCAUUCAAUCCCCCGAUUUAAGGAUAUUCUGCCCCCUAUUCUUUAAUGAAGAUAGGCCCAUGAUUAUAAGACGAGGACAGCUAAAGCGCGAUGCUGAGGAAAAAGUACUGUACUGCUUGAAGAGUUUCGAAAUGGGAAAUGGCAUAGGUUGUCCCCCAGAGAGAUGACCUAUCCAUGUUCUUGAGCAAUCCUCUUACAGCUACAUCGAGUCACAUUAGAGCUGGGCCCGCAGAGCUUUGAUGACACUGCAUCAGCAUCACAGAACAUGAAUUUCAAUUCAAGUUUGUAAGUACCGACAUUCUCCUGAUUAAGAGUAAACGCAUGUUUUCCAGCAAACAACAAGAUGCCUACACAACGUCAUCAAAGACAAACGUUUAAGUCCUGUAUUGUAUGCACCAAUAUUUUUCAAUUGUCCAAACCUUCCAGCUAAACAAGUCUGGUACGUUUUCUCUGUAAACGUCAGUGUAUGAUGUUUGUAGUGUCUAGUGCUCAGUCUCUGACACGUUUGCAUUGUCAAUCACAUUAUAAUAGAUGGCCCUCUGGAUGCUUCAGUUUAGCCUUAGUUCUGGUGUGCGCUUUAGUCCCAUUAGACAUGGGUGGCCAACCAACCAAUGACGACCAGAGUUGCCUACCCCUGUCUAGACACUCAAAAAUAAGUAUUUAUUUCUACACGAUUCACCUUCCAAUUCUAACCCCAUAUUCCCUCCAUUCGCACGCUCUAGGACGGUGAUGAGGUCUUUAACCGCGCCAAGCUCCUCAACGUUGGCUACUCGGAGGCCCUAAAGGAGUACGACUACGGCUGCUUUGUGUUCAGCGACGUGGACCUAAUCCCCAUGGACGACCGCAACACCUACAAGUGCUUCAGCCAGCCCAGGCACCUGUCUGUCUCCAUGGACAAGUUUAGCUUCAGGUAA